AUGCCUACACCACUCCCAUCCAGUUUCGCUUCCGCCGCCGCCGGCAACACCCAGGACCCCAAUCGGAGAGGGGAUGGAAAUGCUGGAGAAUGGUACGCAGUCUUGCCCUGUCCUGCUCUGGAUGCUCCCCUCCCCGACAUCCAAGCAACCCAAGCGUCACCGUCUCGAUCCCGCAUCAACGGAGCCACCCAGACCUUCCGCCGCCCUUCCGUUGCUACCAACCCUACGCACACUCGGGAGAGUAGCCACGCAGCAUCUGCCUCGACGCCUACCGGAGCUUAUAUUCCUCCCCAUAUGAGCUCAAAUACCUCUAGUGCACUGCGGAAUGGAGACGCUCGAUACUCCAAGGACCAACUCAUAGACUUGUAUAAGGCACAGCGGGAGUCGGGCUCCUUGAGCAAGAAUGUAGAGGACUACUUUGUGGCCGACUGGGAUCCUCACAUGGAGCCCACUUUAGUGAACGGAGCGUGGGGGAAGCGGGAUGACCACAAGACCUCUGCGGGGCCCGAGGUGUGCUGGGACCAUGGUGGUCAAGCUGAACCGUUGGGCCUGAGUGAUAUGACGGAGAGUGAAAAAGAGUUCUUCACCGCGUCCGUGAAUUCCCCUCUCAAGCCCCCACCAACCAACGCCCAGAAAGAAAACGCCGGGCCAGCGACUGGAGGUCGCAAAGGCUCAAUUUCAUACACUCAGGGCCACAUUAAUAACUACAACACCUCUUCCCCCACCCCCAGCCGACCGGGUGUGAGACGCCGAGAGACGACGGGAGAUUCUGUGGGCAAUCCCAUGUCUCCUACUACCUCCAACUCUCGGUUCUUCCGUGACGAAGCGAAUACCUCGACUCCUCCUCCCGCACUCCUUCGUCGUAAGACCGAUUUCCGAGAGCCGGGCGUGAAAGACGAGAAAUCGAAGGACGGUGCCGAUUCUCCUUUUGGGUCUUUGAAGCGUAGCACGACCAACCCGAUGAACCCCAAUCCGUUGAACACCGCUGUAGGCCCGAGUUCACCCUGGGGUCCGGCAUCCGCAUCAGCAAGUGCCAAUUUCUCCCCGAUGGGUGCCUUUGGAGCUUUCUCCCUGGGUUCAGGCUCUGUUUCUGCCACAACCCCCACGACUGAGAAGAAGCCUGGAUAUGGAAGUCUUCGGGGCGAGAGCAGGUUCAAGGGUCUGCUCUCGAAGGACAGCUCGGAGGAUCUUACUGGCUCUAGUAAGGAGAAAAACCUGAGUGGUCUCGAGCGACUCGUGGAGGACGAUGGCGGCAAGCGUGCACAGUCCCCAUGGGGUGAUGCGGUUAAGAAUCGUGUCGGCCGGAGUGAGACUAAUCCAUUCGAUGAGCCUCGCAGUGGCAGUGCCGCCCUUGGUGGUUCGCAGGAUGUUGAGGCACCCCAGGAUACUGGAUUUGGUGCCUUCGGCAUGACCUCGAGUAUUCCCGGUUUCCGAGAGUUGAUGCAGAGCCAGGAGAACUCGAGAAACCCGACCCCGAGUUUGCUCCAGGGACACGAACCCACCAGUCCGACCAAUACUAACCCCUACCAAAGCCCCCAUGGCGACCGAGGAAUGGAUCCGGAGGAUGUGGAUACUGAUGGAUCGGAUAUUCAGCAUCCCCAACACCCCGGACUCAGCGGACUCCGCGAUCCUUCCAAUCCGUUUGGAUCAAUGAGACGGGCUGGUUCAGGAAUGGACCUGCCCAGUGUCGACCGCAGCCAGAACUCGAGUGUCAAUGCCAACCGACCUUUCUCUGGUUUGGGUAGCCUUGGUGGUCUUCCAUCUCUUGGUGGAGGUUCCGCCUGGCCCUCCGGGGGAGCCAUUGGUACGCCGACCAGAGAGCGGUCUGCUUUUGGUGGCGGUGGAUUCGGUGAUCCUAUCUUUGGUACCAUGGGUGACCUUCAGUCUCCAAGUCUGUCGACUCUGGGAGGCGGUGGUCUCUUCAGCCCGCAUGCUGGAAUUGCUGGAACUGCAAGUAUCGGUCGGGGAAGCAAGUUGGGUGCCCUCUUCUCGUCGACCAUGCAGGAUGAAGGACGGCCAGACUCUGUGGGCUUGGGUGACGGUUCUGGUCAACCUGAUCCUGGUUUGGUAAGCAAGCCUGGAUCGAACUCAGCAUCCCAGACUCCCGUCUCCGCUGUUGGUUCCCUUCCAGUCAACUUCACCCAAGAUCCCGCAUUGGCCCAGACCCCUGGAGGAUCUGUUCCUGCCGCCCAACAGCGCCAAAUGGUCAUGCCUGACCGCAUGCGCUGGAUUUACCGCGACCCGCAAGGCAACACCCAAGGACCAUGGACUGGUCUUGAAAUGCAUGAUUGGUUCAAAGCUGGAUUCUUCAGCCCCGAUCUGCAAAUCAGGAAACUCGAAGAUGGAGAAUUCGAGCCGCUCGCACAGCUGGUGCGCCGCAUUGGGAACUCUCGCGAGCCAUUCCUUGUUCCCCAGAUUGGCAUCCCCCAUGGACCUGAGCCCAAUGCCACCCCAUGGACUGGCACUGGCGGCGCCACCACCCAGGGCUCCGCUCAGCCUCCUUUCCCCGGCAGCUUCCCCAGCUUUGGCACCACUUUGACCGCCGAACAACAGAAUGCUCUUGAACGACGAAAGCAAGAGGAGCAGUACCUGAUGGCUCGCCAAAAGGAACACCUUGCUCAACAACAAGCCAUUAUGAAGCAGAUGGGAGGUUCAAGCAGUUCAGCCUUGCCCCCGCUCCAGCAUCAGUCCAGCGCCCAUAGCCUACACAGUCAGCCUAGCUUUGGCAGCAUUGCCUCCCCUGGCGCUUAUCAGCCCUCUCCCAUCCAGGCUCCGCUGCAGCAGCAGGCCCAGGGAGUCCCUGGCUUCUUUGACGGUGCUGCGCAGCUCCGACAAGGCGGAUUACCCAACAUUGGACCUGGUAUGCUCGGUACCGAUCUUGGUAGCGGACAGGACCAGCUUCCCGCCCUCCUUGAUCGCUUGAACAUCGGCCGCCAGGAUCCAUUUGCUUUCGGUGGAGCCUCCUCACUCGGUCGCCAACCUGACAGCCUUUUGCACUCCCAACAGGUAGCAUCGAUGCUCCAGGAUCGCGCUCAGCUCCAGCAGGAGCAGGAGCAAUUUGACAAGGCCAACAACGCCAAUGACCCAUUUGACCAGGAGGCGCGUGAAGAGCGACUUCGUCAGUUCCACGCCUUGCGGGCCCAGGAAGGUGAAUUGGGUAUGCGCACCGCUGAAGGUCUUCCCACUCACCCCGCUGCCUCUCAGCAACUUGAAGCUGAAGCUGCUGCUGCCGCUGCUGCCAUGGACGCAAUACCAGAAACCGAAAAUGUUGGCGAGGAGCCUACUCUAACCCUGUCUCAGCAAGUCCAGAAAGCUGCUUCUGCCCAACGCCAACAGCAAGAGGAGCAAGAGCAGACACCUGAAUCCGUGUGGGGAGUCAACAAGAUGGACCAGGCUAUGCCUCAGCCUUUCCCACCGCCACCCUCGGCAUCCCCUCUGCCCGCCCCAGCUGCUCAGCGGAACCGCCAGAAUGUCGCCGAUGCCCUUGCUGCUGGAUCUCGUUCUCAGACUCAGACUCCGAUCGAUUCUGCGCCCACUUCUGUCGCACCCUGGGCCAAGGAUGCCAAUGAGAUGCCCAAGGGACCUUCUCUGAGAGAGAUCCAAGAAGCCGAAGCUCGCAACGCUGCUCAGCGUGAGGAAAUUGCCCAGGCCACGCGCCGUGCUCAGCUUCUCGCCGAACAGGAACGCCUCAGCCAAGCCCAGGCCCAGGUUGUCCCUGGCCUUCCCUCGUCGGCUAACUGGGCCAGCAGCGGAUCUCCGGGUACCCCUACCUCGUCUGGCUCCGCAUGGAACACCAAGACUCAGCCUGCUCCCACCAACACCGCCGCGAAGAAGACUCUCGCUCAGAUCCAGAAGGAAGAGGAGGCCCGCAAGCAGCGCCUGGCCGUUGCCGCUGCCGCUGCUGCCCAGACAGCCACUCCUAGCCCUCCCGCCUCUGCCAGCAAGCGUUACGCUGAUCUUGCCGGCAAGGCCCCUACUCCUUCCGCCGGUGCUUCUGCCACAAUCCCAGUCGGUUCUAGCGCCUGGACCACCGUCGGUGCCAGUGGCAAGGCCAAGGCCCCUCCCACCGCUCCCCUCGGUCCCCGUUCUACCAGUGCCACCAGCCCCCUCGCCUCCGUUGCCGUAGCUAAGCCUCGCCCCGUCACCACUACCCGUCCCGUGACCCUAGGCAGUGUCCCUCAAUCCUCCAACCCCAACCGGGCCGUCGAAGAGUUCACCAAGUGGGCCAAGCUUGCCCUAGGCAAGGGUCUGAACACCAACAUCAACGUCGACGACUUCGUCCAGCAGCUCCUCUUCCUUCCCGCCGAAGCCGAGAUCAUCUCCGACUCCGUCUACGCCAACUCCCAGACUCUGGACGGCCGCCGCUUCGCUGACGAGUUCAUCCGCCGCCGCAAGCUCGCUGACAAGGGCGUUAUUGACCCUAUCUCUCCUAACGCCUAUGCUACCGAGCAGACCGGUUCUGGUGGCUGGAGCGAGGUCGCAAAGAAGGGUUCCACUGCUACUGCUGCUGCCGCCGCUGCUACCCAGCGUGAGGAGGAAGCGAGCAGUGCCGCUUUCAAGGUCGUUGCUCCCCGUAAGAAGUCUAAGCGGUAA